ACAGCCCAGGGACACUUUCAGUUUGCACAGACAAGCUUGUCAUACGUAUGCGAUCGUCGAGAAGACCACCACGACCUCCAGCCGGGCUGCCUCUCAGGAACCAGAGCUAUGGCGCCCUUGUCCUUUCCCGUUUCGUCUCUCCUGAAGGGUCGGGACUGUUUGCAGAGGGCUGGUGUUCUCUUUAAUGUCUUAAACGGUUUACCCCACCGGCCGUCCAAGCCUCGGUCAUGGAAAAGGGGUUUCUGUGCGGCGUCCUAUGGAAUGGGUCAAAUACUGUCACAACAACGCAGAGUCAAAACCCACGGAGCGUCUGUGCGCAGCAGCUCCUCAGCCGGCCAGGACAUGGCAGAGAGACUGUGGACUGUUUACAACGAGACCAAGAGGCAGACUGAAGACAGUUUAUUUGAUCCCUGCAUAUCCACCAACUCUGUCAACCCUGACACCAUCUUUGCUAACAACGAGAUGAGCCUCCAAGACAUAGAGAUCUAUGGCUUCGACUACGACUACACCCUGGCAUUUUACUCCAGCCACCUACACACCCUGAUCUUCAACAUUGCACGGGACAUCCUCAUCACCAAACACAGGUAUCCAGAAGGUCUGCGGAAAUAUGAGUAUAUUCCUAAUUUUGCUGUAAGGGGACUUCACUAUGAUGUUCAGAAGGCACUGCUGAUGAAGAUAGAUGCUUUCCACUACAUCCAGCUUGGAACUGUAUACAGGGGUCUUCAUCCAGUUCCUGAUGAAGAAGUGAUUGCCAUGUAUGAAGGUUGUCACGUCCCUCUGGAGAACAUGAGUGAUUUCUAUGGAAAGAGUUCCCAUGGCCACACCAUGAAACAGUUCAUGGACAUAUUCUCUCUGCCUGAGAUGACACUCCUAUCCUGUGUCAAUGACUUCUUCAUGAAGCACAACAUCGACUAUGAGCCCGUCCAUCUUUACAAAGAUGUGAAGGAAGCCAUCAGAGAUGUUCAUGUUAAAGGAAUUAUGUACCGAGCUGUGGAAGCAGAUAUUGAUAAAUAUAUUUGCUAUGGUGAGCAAAGUCAAGCUGUGCUGAAUAAGCUAUCAGAGCAUGGAAAAAAGAUGUUCCUCAUUACCAAUAGCCCUUUGACUUUCUUGAACAGAGGGAUGAGCUACAUCGUAGGGAAAGACUGGAGGGACCUAUUUGAUGUCGUUAUUGUUCAGGCCGACAAGCCCAGUUUCUUCAAUGACAGGAGGAAGCCUUUCAGGCGUGUGACGGACAAAGGUGCACUGCUGUGGGACAGGAUUCACAGGUUGGAAAAAGGACAAAUUUACAAACAGGGAAACCUCUAUGAGUUUCUUAGACUGACCAGCUGGAGAGGAUCCAAAGUUCUUUACUUUGGCGAUCACAUCUACAGUGACUUAGCGGAUCUAACACUGAAGCAUGGCUGGCGGACUGGUGCCAUCAUCCCCGAGCUGAGGAAGGAGAUUAAAAUCAUGAACACAGAGGAGUAUAUGCACAUGAUGACCUGGUUACAGGCACUGACUGGACUCAUUGAACACAUGCAGGUACACAGGGAUCCUGCAUCUUCAAGCGUCGUCCAGGAGUGGAUCAGAGAAAGAGAAGCCAUGAGUCCACAGACAAAGGAUAUCUUCAAUGCUCAGUUUGGUAGUCUCUUCCGGACGUACCACAACCCAACUUACUUCUCACGUCGACUCUCUCAGUUCGCCGACAUCUACAUGGCUCUAUUAGCUGCCUGCGCCAACUAUGACUUCCAGCACAACUCUUUUCCCCGCCGCACUCCACUGCAGCAAGGAGUCUCCCUUUUUGGCCUGAGACAAUCCUGCUGCCCUGAACGCCUCGCCACAGGCCCACAAAACCAAAGCAGAAUUAAGUAGAGGAGGAUGAGCUCUACUGUUGACCAUAUUUGUGACUUUAAUAUUCUGGCCCUUGGAAAUGUAUGCAAUUUGGUUGCAAUCAUCUGAACAGUUAGAGCUGAAUGUGAUUAUUGAGCUUUAAAGACAUUAGUCAUGAUUAUGAAAAACCAAAUCAAUCAAGUCAAAUAAUGUUAUGCUUUUUAAGCCAAAUUCCCAGAAUGCGCAUGACUUUUUAUAACAUAACAUGGAUCUUUUAAGUAGCUCCAGUAUUUCACUUUCCAUUUAUGCACAACAUUGAAAGCACUAGUUGUUUUACAUUUCCUAAUGUGGUUUUUGUCUGUGUGAAUUUUAAGAGAUUGCACAAAGAUGAUGCAUUUACACAGUCUCAACACUAGGGGGCACUCAGUACUGCAGUGAAUAGAUGUUAGUCUGUAACCUAUUCAUAUUGCCUUUUUUAUUAUCUGUUGCAUCUGUAAGAGAGUGAGGGACAAAAAAGAAUGUUUCAUGUCCACUGCUCAGCCUUAAUCACAUCAUUGCAAUCUACAGUAUAUAAUUUAUUUUCCUAAUUUAUCCUUUGGUUGGUUUUUUUUUACAACCUUUUCCUUGUGAACUCUACAGUGAGAUGCUGGGUCGUGGUUUUAGACAUUGCUGCUUAAUAGUUGACAGACACUGCACAUCUAUGUCUCCUUUUAGUAGAUGAGAAAUAUUAAUAUUUAUCAGAGGAAAUUAGAGUGUUGUGACUAUUUUUAGCUCUAAUGUUGCUAUUUGAUCUGUGAUGGUAGUGUUGAGUGGUAUCUUCACAGGUUGGCUUCAUAUUUUUGCAGAAAAUGUGUGAAAUGUUUUUACAUUGCUCCAAUUGACGGUUGGGAGGAUAUAUUUAAUAUGAGUUAGAAUAACAGAGUUUUGCCUUAUUUUGGAAAGGGAAUUCUUAAAGAUCUGUGUGUCCAGGUUUGUUGGGUUUGUGUAUUUUCAUUUCUUUCUUUAUGAACUAGGCCAUGUUCAGAUGUUAUAAAUUGAAAUCAACUUGUUUUGUUUUUUUCAGAUAAAUGUUCUGUCACUAAACUGAAUUAACAGAUAUAUAAAUGUU